AUGGUCCUCUCGUUCAUCUUGAUCCAGAACAGGCAGGGAAAGACGCGCUUGGCCAAAUGGUAUGCGCCAUACAGUGAUGAAGAGAAAGUAAAGCUAAAAGGCGAGAUCCACCGCCUCGUUGCUCCCCGCGACCAAAAACACCAAUCCAACUUUGUCGAAUUCCGCGGCUCCUCAAAAAUCGUCUACCGUCGCUAUGCCGGCCUCUUCUUUUGCGCCUGCGUGGAUGCAAACGACAACGAACUAGCGUACCUAGAAGCCAUACAUUUCUUUGUCGAAGUGCUGGAUCAGUUCUUCGGGAAUGUGUGCGAGCUGGAUCUCGUCUUCAAUUUCUACAAGGUUUACGCUAUUCUGGAUGAAGUGUUUUUGGCGGGAGAAAUUGAAGAGACGAGUAAACAGGUUGUGUUGACGAGGUUGGAGCAUUUGGACAAACUUGAGUGA